AGUGGUUCACUCUAAGCUAUGUAUGUGCUUUUUACAAAUUGGAAUUUUGAAAGCUCAAGUAUGGUCAGAUCUUAAGCGAGGAUCCGUUAGUUUGGCCUUUUUUCUUCAAGCGAACAAGUUGAGCGUGGCUGCGAACUAUAAGAACUAUAAGAGCCGAAAAUGUGCGACUACCAGAGGGAGUACUCCUUUAUUUUUGAAGACAGCUCCUGCGAGGGCGACGCCUCGAUGGCAUCCUAUGACAGUGGAUUCGAGUCCAUGUGGCAUCAGGUGCGCGAGGAGCUGCAAAGGGAGCGGGAGAUGAAUGACCUCUGCCAAGUUUUCGAGCAAAACUUGAGCCUGAGUCCGCCGGUCAUCGCGGAUAGAUGGAGAUUCUGACUGCACCUCCCCCAAAAGCCAGCUCAUUGUGAUAUUUGUAAAUUGUAGUUUUAGCAGUUCCUUUGCCAGAUUAAUGGCGUUCGUUAAGGCAUUUUUGAUAAGUGCUCGGUUAUUUUAUAUUGUAACUGCCAACCUUAAGAGGUCAUCGUACACAUAGUUUCUUGGAGUCAUGUUGUCCGUGUAUUCAAAUGUUUGCUUUCGUGAAAACUCGCAUUGUUUUGUCACUCUACCAAGUAAUCAAUUUGUACCAAUAGCAUAUGGUUGUCCUAGAUCAUAAAAUGGCAAUAAUUUGCCCUCGGCAUUGCACUUAAAUGCACUAUGUAUAUACAACAAACAAGGAGGGAAGCUCGAAAUUUGUCAAAUACUUACUCCAAAAAGAUAGAAAUAAAUGCGAUUCGCAAUCGUUCGAAAA